CUCACGCAAUCUGAACCGCCAUGUCGGCACCACUUUAUGUACUCACCCUCACUGGCCAAUGUCUUUUAACUUCACUUAAUCCAUUCAUAAAUCACGGAUCCAUCAUUUCACUUUCUCACCGUCACUCCUCCUUCUCCUGAACUCCUGUAGAUAUCACCUUUUUAAACUCAAUGCCUACAUAUACAUAAUAAACCUAGAUCAAUUUCAAUCUCAAUCAAUAAUCGACUCAGGCUUGUACAAUACAUUAAACUUUCCGUCUCACUUAUAGAAUUGUGAUCGUUUCUUCUCAUCAACAUGGACAAACCAACGGAACAGAUACAAUCUGAAUUAGAGAACUUUAGACAACAGUGGCGAGCAGAAGUAUCCGCUCGUUCAAGAAACACGACCGGAUCUCAGCAACAGUCACAGUCACAGCAACAGCGAUCAGACCCAAACCAAGCCGGUCCUUCAUCAAACAAGCCUCCAAAAAGAAGCGAAUUCGGCCAUAAGAAAGCCUCUUCCAGAACGGUUCAUCCACUGGAAGAUGAAGAUGAAUAUUACCACGCACAAUCUUUUGAUGAACCCGACCCCAGUAAAGCCAUAGGAGGACAAAGACUCGGUCAUCAGGAUGCUGUUUCUGCUAAAGACAAGGAAAAGGAGCCACAGACCGCCCUAGACUUCUACGAGAAAGCAGUGGAGAGGGAAACCAGCGGCAAGCUCGGAGACAGUUUACAACUUUACCGCAAGGCCUUCCGCAUGGAUGACAAUGUCGACCAGUCUUACCGCAACAAGCAUUUUCCGGGUCGCUGGACGAAACCGGCGCAGCUCAAUCCAUCUAAUUCUCCCGUGACCGUUCCAAAUACAGCCCACCACUCCCUAGAUGACAGGCCUGUCCUUUCCCUGCCAGAACUUAUCGCCAGCUUCUCUAGCCUUAGGAUCGAAGGUUCACCCCCAGAAUGUGAAGGUGUGGCCCCACCUCCAUGCCCCAUGGCCGAGCUCCCCGAUGAAAUUCUCAUUCACAUUCUUCGGGAUGUAGCCAUUACGGAUGUGGCCGAUUUCGUACGUCUUGCGCAAGUGUGCAAGCGAUUAGCUUACCUAGUUGCGACCGAAGACCAGAUAUGGCGACGAGUGUGUUUGGGGUCCGAAUUCGGCUUCGGCGGCAUGCACUACCAUUGGCAGCGAGCGAUCGAUUGGGCACCUCUCAGCUUGGAGCAGGAACUCGCCGAAGAUGAAGAUAUCUUCACGGUGGAUGAGUUGGUGUCGCGACGCAAGAAAGAAAAUUUAGCCACAACCAACAUGCUGCUACGUAGCUUGUAUUCGUCAUCAUGGCAGGCCAUGUUCCGUCGGCGCCCUAGGAUCCGUUUCAAUGGAUGCUACAUUAGCACUGUCAAUUACAUCCGAGCGGGUCAGGCGUCAACACAUCAAGUCACGUGGAAUAGUCCAGUUCAUAUCGUUACAUACUAUCGUUACCUACGUCUAUUCCGUGAUGGUGCAGCUAUCAGCUUGUUGACGACUGAUGAACCCGCACAUGUUGUACACCAUCUUACAAGGGAAGCAUUGGCGUUACACAGAGGUGGGGGAGGCCCACAUUUGCCAUCAGCGGUCAUGACUUCGGCACUCAAAGGUCGAUGGAGAUUAUCGUCAACAGCAGAUAAUCCAGAUCCGACGGGGCCAGCUGCUGUGGAGGGUGGCGAUUUGUAUAUCGAGAUGGAGGGGGUAGGGCCAAAGUAUAUGUACCGGAUGGAAUUAACGUUCCAGAACGCCAGAAAGGCGGCACGCAACAAUAAUAAGUUAGGGUGGAAGGGUUUCUGGAGUUAUAACAAGCUAACUGACGACUGGGCUGAGUUCGCGCUUAAAAACGAUAAGCCGUUCUUCUUUAGCAGAGUUAAGAGUUACGGCGUAGGAGAGUGAGUUACCCAGUCAAGGAAUUAGAGUCAGUCAAAACUCCGAAUUCCGAAUACUUUGUUUCGAUGUAUCCCGCGGAGGUAUCUCAUUCGUACUCUAACAAUCCAGGCAUCUCGUUGGGAGUCCUCCCACUCUUCCGCCCUG